AUGAUGCAGGUCUUCUUGAAGACGGUGACGGGGAAGACCGUCAUCCUCGGGGUCGAGAGCAGCGACACCAUCGCCACCGUCAAGGCGAAGAUCCAAGACAAGGAAGGUAUCGCCGUGGAGGAGCAGCGGCUCAUCUUCGCAGGGACGCAACUGGAGGACGGCCGCACCCUGGUCGACUACGACAUCCAUAAGGAGUCCACGCUUCACCUGGAGCUUGGCCUCCUCGGCGGCUACUUCUGCUGGCGGAUCUCACCAAAUCUCUGA